UCCGUGUAUUUCACAUGGGGCGCGCGGGAGUUGACAUCCACUUGUGUGUGCUGCUGCUCGCUGAGAGGAGAACCGUCUCAGGCGACAAGAGGAGAACAAGACCGAGGUGUUUUUUUCUUAUUCUUUUUCUUCUGCUUCUCUUCCUGACGGCGCUUCACUCCUGGACGCUACAAUGACGCAGAAAAGAUUUGCGCGCUCGUAAAGACGCCGCCACUUGAACAUUUCAGAGGAUAAUAAAAAUCAUCGGAAGGGAUGAAGAACUGAAGUUUGAAAGAGUUUGACCCCCCCAGCAUGUCUAAACCAAUGGAUCACGUCAAACGUCCGAUGAACGCUUUCAUGGUCUGGUCCAGAGCCCAGCGCAGGAAAAUGGCCCAGGAGAACCCGAAGAUGCACAACUCGGAGAUCAGCAAGAGACUGGGAGCGGAGUGGAAACUUCUCACCGAGUCGGAGAAGAGGCCGUUCAUCGACGAGGCCAAGCGGCUGAGAGCCAUGCACAUGAAGGAGCACCCCGACUACAAAUACAGACCGAGGCGGAAGCCCAAGACCCUGAUGAAGAAAGAUAAGUUUUCCUUCCCGGUGCCCUACAACCUCGGGGAGCACGACGCGCUGAAGAUUAACGGACUCGCCGGAGGAGCGCUUUCCGACUCGGUCAUUGGGAACCCGGACAAGGCGGCGGCCGCGGCGGCCGCGGCGGCCCGGGUCUUCUUCAACCCGUCCAUGUCCACGAACCCCUAUUCAUUUUUUGACCUGGGCUCCAAGAUGACCGAGCUCUCCCCUCCUUCGUUCCCCUACGCCUCCCCUUUGGGCUACCCGCCCGGGGGCGCGUUCUCCGGGACGGGCGGUGUGGGCGGCGGGACGCACACCCACUCCCACCCGUCCCCGGGCAACCCGGGCUACAUGAUCCCGUGUAACUGUUCGGCCUGGCCCACAGCGGGACUCCAGCCGCCCUUGGCGUACAUCCUGCUCCCGGGGAUGGGGAAACCUCAGCUUGAACCGUACCCCGCGUACGCCGCGGCGUUAUGAUAGGCCCACUUUGGAGAGUGCGCAAAAACRAAAGAAGAAAAGAAAAAGAAGAGAGAGAGAAAAAACGAGUUAUCCAUGCAAGAGUUUUAUAAUUAUGCAUGCACAAACUUGUAACAUGUGAUGAAGUGCUCGUCGUCUCAGAUAUCACAUGUGUAUGUACAUUUUAAUGCCUUUAUCUUUAAGGUAAUGCUUAUUUAGAGAACUCUCUAAUCUAUUAUCACAACCUGCAGGACUGAACACAGAUUUUUAGGGACGGAUGGCAGAGCAUUGGGUGAUUUUUUUUUCCCCUUUGGAAAAGAUGGUCCGUUUUGCUCUUUUCCCACCUGCUUGUCAAACCUGUUGGAAUCAGUGGACCCCCUCCCCCCUCCCCCUGCUCUCUCUCAUCAGGACCACAUCUCUCAGAUAAAUAAUGGACUGUAAAUGUGUACAGAUAAAAUGACUUUAGUUCUUUUAGUGUUGGACAUAUGGGGCCCAUGCAGGAACCUAUUCCCCUAGAAACCACCAGUGUACCUAUAUUUUCUUUCUUUUUUUUUAUAUAGAUGUCUGUAAUAUUUAUUGUUUAGUGGAAUCUAUGGUGACCCAAGAUGAUUAAAAAAAAAAAAGAACGGACAAAACUAUUUGCACAUGGAUCUGAAAGGAUGUAAUUUAUUCUCAAAGGUGUUACUCGAUUCCAGUUUGAAAACCGUUUUGACUAUGAGGGGAAAAAAAUAAGUUUAUUUUGCAGGUUUAUAAUCUUCUUUUUGCUCCCCACUUCCUCUUCCCCCCUUCUUCGUAUCAUGUGCAGCAACAUAAAAAAGAGACAUUUUUAACUAACUCUUAAUGAAUUUGUAAUGUUUUUUUGUGUUUUCUUUUAACCUCCGUUAUGUACUUCAAACUGUUCACUUGUUAAGCCAAAAAAAAAAGAAAGGUAAAAAAAAGGACUACAAUAAAGCCUAUUUGGAUUAAAACAGAA